AAAAAAAACGAAACUCUCUGGAAGAAGUUUGGAACUGCCGCCAUUAUUUUCAGUCCGCGAAUGCGAUUUGGAUGUUGAUCGUCCUCACGCAGUGGAGCCUGUAAAUUGACCCCUUUCAAAUCCCUACUAUACAUUUCCUUCUUGUGCAGUCUCCACAAGUCACAAUUUGAAUAUCUUUUUGCCUCCAAUCCCAGUUCAUCUAUUCAGAUACAGCUCCCAUAUUUUCCUCCCGGGUUAUACUCAGUCCGUAUUUCAAACCAUUUCCUUACCUCCCCCCCCCCAUCAGGCUCUUCAUCACUACCCAGAUCAAAUUCAAAACCUUUUGACUCCUCGGAAUAAGCUUGUGCUCGUUCAGUAUAUAAUUUUUUGUUUGGGUUGUGGAGGAUUCUUUGUCAUGGAAGACAGGUCAAAGCUGCUGAUUCUAUAUGCUACUCAGACUGGAAAUGCAUUGGAUGCAGCGGAGCGGCUUAGUCGCGAAGCUGAACGAAGAGGCUGCCCUGUCAAGCUUCAUUCUAUGGACGGAUAUGAUCCUGUGAGUUGCUUUCUAUUUGCAUCCCAUAGACGAAAUUGCAGGGUGCUAAAACUCUGGCAGGGUGAGAGCUUAUUACCCAAGGAGGAGGCUGUGAUUUUUGUGGUUUCAACCACAGGCCAGGGGGACACACCAGAUUCCAUGAAGGUCUUUUGGAGGCAUCUUUUGCAGAAAAACCUGAACAAGCAUUGGCUGAACGGCAUUCCUUAUGCUGUAUUUGGUUUGGGUGAUUCAGGAUACCUGAAAUACAAUUUUGUUGCAAAGAAGCUUGACAAAAGAUUAAUGGAUCUUGGUGGAAGAACUAUUUUAGAAAGAGGCUUGGGAGAUGAUCAACACCCCUCAGGCUACGAAGGUGCUCUGGAUCCUUGGAUGUCAUCUCUAUGGAGAGUGUUAAGUGUAAUAAAACCUGAAUUCUUCCCCAACGGUGCUGAUAUCAUGAUACCAGAUGAAACAUUAAUUGAUCAGCCAAAAGUUCAAAUCACAUAUCACAACACUGACAAUGUGGAGUUCCAAAUUUCUACUGCUUCAGAUUUAAAGUAUAAUGAGAUUCAAAUUGGAGAUGCUCGUUCGAUGCAUCCUGGCACAUCCCAUCCUGACAGAAGUAGGCCUGGCUGCUUUCUUAAGAUGGUAAAGAAUCUUCCUUUGACCAAAUCAAACUGCGGAAAAGAUGUCCGUCACUUUGAAUUUGAAUUUGUUUCACAUGUUAUUGAAUAUGACGUUGGUGAUGUCCUUGAAAUUCUCCCCAGUCAAGAUGCCGCUGCAGUUGAUGCUUUUAUACAGCGCUGUAAAUUAAAUCCUGAUUCAUUUAUUACUGUCAGUCCCAGAGAAAUGAAUAAUUGUGGUGCACAUGUCUCUAAAAUCCCGAUAAGGUUGAAUACUUUUGUGGAAUUGACAAUGGAUGUAUCUUCAGCUUCCCCUCGACGAUAUUUCUUUGAGAUCAUGAGUUAUUUUGCUACGACGGAACAUGAGAGGGAACGGCUUAAAUAUUUUGCUUCACCUGAAGGAAGAGAAGACCUCUAUCAGUACAACCAGAAGGAGCGGAGAACUGUUCUCGAGGUGUUGGAAGAUUUUCCUUCAGUACAAAUGCCAUUUGAGUGGCUAGUGCAGUUGGUUCCUCCACUGAAAACUAGAGCAUUCUCCAUUUCUUCUUCUCAAUCAGCUCAUCCCAAUCAAGUACACUUGACUGUGAAUGUGGUAUCUUGGACAACACCUUACAAAAGGAAGAAGAAAGGCCUAUGCUCCUCAUGGCUAGCUUCACUAGAUCCCAAAGAUGCCAUCUACAUUCCAGGUUGGAUUCAUGAAGGUUCUCUUCCUCCUCCAUCACCAUCACUUCCACUGGCACUCAUUGGACCUGGGACUGGUUGUGCACCUUUCCGUGGAUUUGUGGAGGAAAGAGCAUCACAAAGCAGAACUAGUUCAACCGCACCAAUUAUUUUUUUCUUUGGCUGUCGAAAUGAAGACGGCGACUUUCUGUACCGGGACUUCUGGUUGUCUCAUUCACAAAAUGACGGCGUGCUCUCAGAAACAAGGGGUGGUGGUUUCUAUGUUGCUUUCUCAAGAGACCAACCUCAAAAGGUUUAUGUUCAGCAUAAGAUGCAUGAACAGAGCCAAAGGAUCUGGAAUCUGUUAGCUGAUGGAGCUGCUAUUUAUAUAGCAGGUUCUUCAACCAAAAUGCCAGCAGAUGUAUCAUCAGCUUUGGAGGAAAUUGUCUGUAAAGAAAGUGGGGUGUCAAAGGAUGCUGCUUUGAGGUGGUUUAGGGAUCUAGAAAAAGGUAAAUAUCAUGUUGAGGCAUGGUCUUAGAAGACGACUUAAAUCUGUUUGUGCUGAGUAGUUUGAGAGGAAUCAAGAUCCAAUAGAUCAGCUUCUAGAAGUCUAAUAUGAUAAGGUGGAUUCCAGAUUCUGGUUCUACAAAUUGAAUUUUGCAUAGUUCAUUUAAGUACUCCCUUAGUUGCUAAAUGUUGGAGCUAGUUGGGAGGUUUGUUUUAAUUUUAAAUGUAAGAUCUCUAUUCGCUUUGUCUUACAAAUUUAUAUUUUUUCCCUUAAUUAUCUCUCCUUGAUUGAA